UUUAAAGGGAGAGGAAAUCCGUAAGAAACGUGUGGGCUCCUACACGAGCCAAAUGGAGCUUUAAUGGACGGGCAGUCGCACCAUUUUUUCGGCUACGCUUGAGCUCUAUCCCGUGGGUUCAAACACGGGCGUGGUGGCCGACAAGUGAAGGUUGGCGCGGGGCCCGGGAAGAGGGCGGGGGGCAUACCAGAGGGGAUACCACCCGGGGGAUAAGGCGAUCGUCGCUUUUGGUCUAAAAUGUCGAUCCAGUACGAGGUGGAGCAGCUGGCCGGCAGCUACGGGGUGGCCGACUCCUUCCCCAAAGACUUCGGCUACGGUGAAGAAGAGGAGGCGGACAUUGAGGACAGCCCGGCGCCGUCCGACAGCAAGCCGAGGAUUCUGCUCAUGGGGCUGAGGCGAAGUGGCAAGUCAUCCAUACAGAAGGUUGUGUUCCACAAAAUGUCGCCCAACGAAACUUUAUUUUUGGAGAGCACCAACAAGAUCUACAAGGACGACAUCUCCAGCAGCUCCUUCGUCAACUUCCAGAUUUGGGACUUCCCGGGCCAGGUGGACUUUUUCGACCCCACCUUCGACUACGAGAUGAUCUUCAGAGGAACCGGAGCCCUCAUAUUUGUCAUCGAUGCUCAGGACGACUAUGUGGAGGCUCUGGGCCGACUCCAUCUGACUGUGUCGCGAGCGUACCGGGUCAACCCGGAGAUAAACUUCGAAGUCUUCAUCCACAAGGUGGACGGUUUAUCAGACGACCACAAGAUCGAGACCCAACGGGACAUCCAUCAGCGGGCUAAUGACGAUCUGGCCGACGCUAGUUUGGAGAAGCUCCAUCUUAGCUUUUACUUGACGAGCAUCUACGACCACUCCAUCUUCGAGGCCUUCAGCAAGGUGGUGCAGAAGCUCAUCCCGCAGCUGCCCACGCUGGAGAACCUGCUCAACAUCUUCAUUUCUAAUUCAGGGAUCGAGAAGGCCUUCCUGUUCGACGUGGUGAGCAAGAUCUACAUCGCCACCGACAGCUCGCCCGUGGACAUGCAGUCGUACGAGCUGUGCUGCGAUAUGAUCGACGUGGUGAUUGACGUUUCCUGCAUCUAUGGUCUGAGGGAGGACGGCAGCGGCAGCGCUUACGACAAGGAGUCCAUGGCCAUCAUCAAGCUCAACAACACCACUGUGCUCUAUCUGAAGGAAGUCACCAAGUUCUUGGCGCUUGUCUGCAUCCUGAGAGAAGAAAGCUUUGAGCGCAAAGGCUUGAUCGACUACAACUUCCACUGUUUCCGUAAGGCCAUCCACGAAGUAUUCGAGGUGGGCGUGUCGGCGCAGCGCCUGCUCGGGACGCAGCCCGUGGGCUCACCGAUACGCGGCAAGGCGGUGACACUGAACGGCACGCCGCUCAACAGCACCGUGUAAGACUCGUUACCUUACCGAAAAGACGUUAAGGACCAGUCAAUAAAGCGGACGAAGGAAGAGGCGAAAGCCACGCGUUCGGGCCCCGAGCGGCUACCUGAAGCGGAGAAGGACUCUUACUUUGGUAUUAGGAGGCGACCGAUGGGAGGGACCAAUGGUCACCAGGUUGGCAGGAUUGUGAUGCAUCCACUGGACCACUUGUAAAAAAAAAAAAAAAAAAAAAAAAAAAAAAAAGAUAAAAUGAAAUGAAAGUAAGGCACACUGGAAAGAUGGCCUUACCAAAGCAGCACGAGCACCGAAUCGCACCUCACCCCUAAUGCUGCCCACCCGGACGUCACUUCCUGUGAUCGCACGCGUCGAAGGAGUCCACUCGAAAGGGAUUGUAUGUGUGUGUGUGUGUGUGUUUGAGUGUGAGAAGGGGCACGUAUGGAUGUGUGUUUGUGUGUUAGGAUGAACUGCUGAGACUUUUGUGUGUUCUUCUCAAUAAAGACAACUAAUUAAACUAUCGCAAUUCAGACUGACAGUCUUUUAUCAUGUAAUGAAAGUCACAUUAAUCCAGUUUUUGGUAGCACUCGAAAAAUACAAAUUCAGUGUAGAGUGACCAUUUACAAAGCGCCAACAAGAAUACUUUUUGUAUUUAGUGAAGAGAGCAAAAUCGAAACAUCAAACCACCACAAUACAAUUUUCGAUAUAACAAUCGUUAAUUCGUUUUCCGUACCACUUAUCCUCAUAAGGGUCCUGAGGGUGCUGGAUUGGACAGUGGUAUGAAAACGUAUCUGAACCUUUUGGAAUUUCUCGCAUGUCUGCAUAAAUUCCCCAUCAAAUGUGAUCUGAUCUUUGUCAAAGUCGCACAGUUAAAAAAAACUGUUUGCUUUAACUAAAACCACCCAAACAUUUAUAGGUUUUCAUAUUUUAAUGUGGACAGUAUGCAAACAAUGACAGAAGGGGGAAAAAAUAAAUACCGUAAUUUCUGGACGAUAAGCCGCUAUUUUGUUUAACUUUAUUUUGAAUCCUGCGGCUUAUAGUCCAGUGCGGCUUAUUUGUUGAAUGAUUUUGGUUAAUAGGUAGGGGUGUAGCGGUACACAAAAAUCUCAGUUCGGUACGUACCUCGGUUUUGAGGUCACGGUUCGAUUCAUUUUCGGUACAGUAAGAAAACAAAAUGCAAAAUAUAAAUGUGCUAGUUGUUUAGUACACACUUUUGUGCUUUCAACAAUAGGAACAUUAGCCUAUACAAAGCUAGAAUUCUGCUCAAAAAGUAGUGGGUAUUUAAAGACAACAAAGUCCAACAACAAUUUGCCUUUCAGACCCCGCGUAUUGGUCAGCUUUCUUUCUGAAAGAAAGAAG